AUGAUCAGAAAACUUUUUACUGUCUUUCUUGCAUCAUCUGUGACUCUGGGAGAAGCAAGGGAACCACUUCUCAGUCUUCUGAGAGCAGAGAAGGCUGAAACAUUGCUCGUUUCAAACAUUGGUCUCUCCAAGGCGGAAGAGACCUUCGUCAUCAGAUCAAGUUACAGGGAUAAAUGACCCAAUGUGCAGCUCAAAGAUCCUAAAAUGCUGCAGGUGGUGAACAUGACCAAGACCACCUCGGAUGCUACAGAUUUCAUCAUAAAGAUAGUGGCAGAGGGAGAAGGAGAGACACAUUUGACCUUUCAACUGUGGGAUUCUGAAGGUAGGCAAGAACGACUCAUUGGAGAAAUAAAGAAUAAUGUCAGAGUCACAGUGCUCAAAAAAAGACCAGACAGUCUCUUCCAGGCAUCAAUGCCCAUGGAUAGAAAUAUCCUAAUGAUUAUUCUGCUGAUGAUACUGUUAAAUAAAUGCGUGUUUGGUUGCAAGAUUGGAUUGCAGGUGUUUCAGACAGUAUGGAAGAGACCCCUGCCAGUAACUGGGGCAGUUACCCAGCUUUUUCUGAUGCCAUUUUGUGAAUUUUUUUUGAUGCAGAUUUUGGCAUUGCCCAAGGCACAGGCUUUUGGAUUUGUAAUGACCUGCACGUGUCCAGGAGGGAGUUGGGGGUACCUCUUUGCUCUGCUUCUAGAAGGAGACAUCACUUUGGCCAUUUUGAUGACCUGCACGUCAACAGUAUUAGCCCUGGUGAUGAUGUCUGCCAAUUCUUACCUGUAUAGUAGGCUUUUAGGAUUAUCUGGCACCUUCCCUAUCCCUGGUUUGAAAGGUAUGUCAGCCCUCCUCUUCAUACCACCUGUGUCAACUGGAAUGAUCAUCAAGCGUAGAACACCUGAAAAGGCAAACAUCCUGGAGAGAAUCAUUAGACCUCUGAGUUUUAUUUUAAUAUCCAUAGGGAUUUAUUUGACAGUCAGAAUUGGAUUAGUGUUUCUAACAACCAUUAACGUAGAGGUGCUUUUGUUGGGUGCCUUACUUCCUGCUCUGGGUUUGCUGUUCGAAUACUCCUUUGCCAAAAUCUCUAGGCUGCCUCUUCCAGUGUGUAAAAUUGUUGCUAUCGAAUGUAGGUUACUCAGCAGCUUCUUAGCGCUGGCCAUUAUCCAGCUUUCCCAGUCCAAGGCCAACUUAGCUUCUGUGGCUCCCUUCACAGUGGCCAUGUGUUCUGGGUGUGCAAUAUUACUGAUCCUUGGGAUCUACAAGGCUAAGAAAAGAUGUACCCUUAUCACAGGAGAUUAA